CUGAUUCACAAAUCACUACUAUUGAAAACAGUGUACGUACUUAUAUAAACUAUCAGUUUGGGUAUAAGUUUGCUGUUAGUAAUGAAGUGAGUUAUGGGGGGUUAUUUGUUGGAUGUAUUUUUUGGGGUUUUAGUGCUGAUUUAAUUGGAAGAAAGUUGGCUUUUAACUUAUCGCUUAUAUUGCUGGCUAUUUUUUGUAUUUUAACCGGGGCGAUGAAUAGUAUGGCUACGUUUUGUAUUUUCAUUGGGUUAUUAGGUUUUGCUGCCGGUGGUAACUUGGUUUUGGAUACUUGUGUUUUUUUAGAAUGGUUACCCCAUAAGAAUCAGUGGUUAUUAACUUUUUUUGCAUUUUUUUGGUCGAUUGGCCAAACGGUGGCCGUAUUACUUGCCUGGGCGUUUUUACCUAACAAUUCUUGUGAUUCGGAAUCUUAUUGUCCUUCUCAUAUAAACAAGGGUUGGAGAUAUACUUAUUAUGUGAAUGGGGCCAUUGUUUUAGUUAUGGCUAUUCUUCGGAUUACAGUUAUUAGAUUAAAGGAAACCCCCAAAUUUUUAGUAUCUAAUAAUCGGGAUUUAGAAGCAGUUGAAGUAUUACAAUGGGUUGCAAAUAAGUAUAAUCGGAAAUGUUCAUUAACCGUUGAACAAUUAACUGAAUGUGGAGAAAUUGAAAUUAAUGAUGAUGUAAGAAAGCAUGUCUCGUUAUCAGGAAUACAAAAAAUUGUGAAAGAGCAUUUGAAAUUGUUAUUUGCAAAUAGGAAAAGUAGUAGAUCAAUCAUACUACUUUUUCUGAGUUGGUUUUUAUUGGGGAUAGUUUAUCCAUUAUAUUCAUCCUUUUUACCAGUUUAUUUAGCUACUCGAGGAGCUAAUAUUAGUGCGUCGACUACUUACGGAGUUUAUCGAGAUAAUGUUAUUAGUAACGUUGUUUCAGCAGGAGGUCCAUGUAUUGCAGGGUUACUUUUAUACGGGUUUCCUCGUUUAGGUCGUAGGGGAGUAUUGGCCAUUGGGGGAUUAUCUACCAUGGCCUUUUUAUUAGGUUAUACUGCAAUCACCAAUCGAGAAUCAAAUAUUGCCCUAUCUUCACUUUCAUUUGCCGCUUUAUAUAUUUAUUAUGGAUGUUUAUAUGCUUAUUCUCCAGAAGUGCUUCCUUCGGCAGCUAGAGGUACUGGUAAUGCUCUUUGUUUCGCUUUCACUAGAUUUGCUGGAAUGAUUACUCCAAUCAUUUCCUGGUUUGCUAAUCCAGAUACCGCCGUUCCCAUUUACAUUUGUGCAGUUGCCGUGGGUCUUAUUGGUUUAAUGGCUCUAUUAUUUCCUUUUGAACCAAGUAAACAUAGAGUAGUAUGAGUUUACUGAAAGUAUCGUAUAAACUAGACGUUUUGAAUCAUCAAUUGACCCUUGUCAAUUAUAAUGAUAACUACCUUAUCAACGAGUAUUUUUUUUGGUACGCUCAUUUCCAGAGUAUCCUACUGGACAACUAGACAACUAGACACUAAAGACACUAAUCAACUAGACACUAAACAACUAGACACUAAACAACUAGACACUAAACAACUAGACACUAAACAACUAGAC